AUGAAGCGCGGUAAGGCUGGAGCGACCAAGAAGAGGGGCAUGCCGUCUGAGCCCAUUCCGCUGGAGCAUGGCGGAGUGGUGGUGGAGACGGUGGCCGGGCCUGUCCAGUUUGGCAUUCCACCAGAGACGAUCAAGGACUCGAUGCGGGCACAGCUCGACGUCCCGACGUACUUUGUGGUCUUUGGCGAGAUGUUUGAUCGGACGCGAUGUCUCAACUUUGCCGAGUUUGAGUUCCCGACGUACUUUAACUUUUCAUCCGCAAGCGCAAGGUGA